UGUUGCCUUGAGGACGAGCGCCAUAGUCACCGUAGUCCUGGCGACUGUUACCCCGUCAAACAACAACUUACGCCACAAAGUGGGAAAAGUGGAGAGUGCCAUUUAAGACUACCACCUGCAGGGGUUGGUAUGGCAACACAGGCCUACGUUACAGAACUCCCACCAGCUCAACAACAGCCUCAACAGCAGCAGCAACAGCCGCAGUCGCAACAGCAGCAACAACCAACUCAACAACAGUAUGUCACAGACUUGCAGACUGCUGCACAACCAUCACAACAACAGCAGCAACAACCACCAUCAUCCCAAAAACAAUAUGUCAGUGAGCUACAGGUAUCGCAGCAGCAACAACAACAGCCUUCUGCUCAGUUGUCACCAGUAACAGCACCACAACAGUACAUUGUGGUUACAGUGUCAGAAGCAAACAUGAGGCCAACCGAGACAGCUUCAGAAUCCAGCUCCUCUUCAGCUGGUGCACAGUCUGGAGUGCCGACACAGGUGGUACAGCAGGUUCAGGCAUCGCAGCAGAGGCUUCUAGUACAGAAUGCUGUGCAGUCGAAAGUGGACCAGUUCCCGCAGCUCCAGCUGCCGGGAGUCCAGCAGGUAGCAGUAAUGCAUCAGAGGUCUGUUGUGCAAACAACACCACAGGCUGCUAAAACUAGCCAAGUUCAGCAGUUAUCAGUACAAGCACUUCAGCAAGUUCAUGUUUCUCAGGAGGUUCAGCAGUUACAACAGGUCCCAGUGCAGCCGGUUCAGCAUGUCUACUCGAACCAAGUGCAGUAUGUAGAAGGGGGUGAUGCCAGCUAUACAGGAAGCACAAUACGUUCAAACACCUACCCUUACUCAGAAACUCAGCUGUACAACCAGAACACAAGCGGGAGUUACUAUGAAUCUCAGGGGACACCAAACCAGGUUGCUACGCCGGUGACUUCGCAGAACGUGGUCAGUAGUGGAACGGUGCCAAUGUAUGUCACGGGAGGGCAGAUUGUGGCCAACCCAGGAGGAGGGACCUAUGUCAUCCAGGGAGGUUACAUGCUGGGGAGCUCCAGUCAGUCUUACAGUCACACCAUGCGUGCCUCUCCAGCCACAGUUCAGUGGUUAUUAGAUAACUAUGAAACUGCAGAAGGAGUGAGUUUGCCUCGAAGCACUCUAUACUGUCACUACCUGCUACACUGCCAGGAGCAGAAACUGGAGCCUGUAAAUGCUGCCUCAUUUGGCAAACUGAUACGAUCAGUGUUCAUGGGACUCCGAACCCGGAGACUUGGCACACGGGGAAAUUCAAAGUAUCACUAUUAUGGGCUUCGCAUUAAAGCAAACUCGCCAUUAAUUCGACUGAUAGAAGAUCAACAACACCUGGCCAUAAGGCAACAGCCGUUCACACAGAAACAGAGUCCGUUUUCUCCUUCAUGCUACAGACUCAAGCCAAUCCAGAAGGUGGAGGGGAUGACAAAUGGUAUGGGAGUUGGGCAGCAACAGGGUGGUGGCCUGUCAGACAUCAGCGCGCAGGUCCAGCAGUAUCAGCAAUUCUUGGAUGCUUCUCGGGCUCUACCAGAAUUUGUUGAAAUAGACUUGCAGGGAAAAACAUUGCCAGAUGGUAUCACUAUGGAACACAUCAAGGCUUUCCAGCUACUCUAUCGGGAGCACUGUGAGGCUAUUCUGGAUGUGAUGGUGAACCUACAGUUUACUCUGGUUGAAACUUUGUGGAAGACAUUUUGGCGAUACAACACUUCCCAGUCCAGUGAUGGCUCAGGGUUGUCAGUUCAUGAUGAAUCUGAGAAGCGCCUCCCUAAGUCAUGCCUGGUUGUCCUCUGUAAGUAUGAGCCAUCUCUGAAGUGGACGAAAUACUGUGAUAACAUGCUUUACCAAGGCCUGGUGGAGAUCCUUAUCCCAGAUGUCUUACGACCUAUCCCGAGUGCCUUGACUCAAGCAAUUCGAAAUUUUGCAAAAAGCUUGGAAAAUUGGUUAACCAAUGCUAUGAUGAACGUUCCUGAAGAAAUGGUUCGUGUGAAGGUGGCAGCUGCAAGUGCCUUUGCACAGACUCUGAGACGUUACACAUCCUUAAAUCAUCUUGCUCAGGCAGCCCGUGCUGUGCUGCAGAAUACUGCACAGAUUAACCAGAUGCUGAGUGAUUUAAACCGAGUAGAUUUUGCAAAUGUUCAGGAACAAGCUUCAUGGGUGUGUCGUUGUGAGGAUGGGGUUGUGCAAAGGCUGGAACAGGAUUUUAAGAUGACUUUACAGCAACAGAACUCCUUAGAGCAAUGGGCAUCCUGGUUAGACAGCGUGGUAACCCAGGUCCUCAAACCAUAUCAUGGCAGUCCUAGUUUCCCCAAAGCUGCCAAACAGUUCCUGCUCAAGUGGUCCUUCUACAGUUCAAUGGUGAUUCGGGAUUUAACUUUGAGGAGUGCAGCAAGUUUUGGGUCCUUUCAUCUCAUUCGCCUCCUGUAUGAUGAAUACAUGUACUAUUUGAUAGAGCAUCGUGUGGCACAGGCAAAGGGAGAAACACCCAUUGCUGUCAUGGGUGAGUUUGCUGAUCUUGGACGGGCUUUAAACCCACUAGAUCCUGACAAAGAUGAGGAGGAGGAAGAAGAAGAAAGCGAUGAUGAUAGUCAACAAGAAAUUCCAAUGGACAAUGAACCAACAUUAGUAACAGAUGCCAUGGAGCCACCGGCCAAAUUGCCACGGACGGAUUCAAGGGGAGUGUUCGUCCAAGCACCACCAACCAACUGAGAACGAAAUGUAGGGCAAAAAAAGGAAAGCUUUUGCUUGAAUUUAGCGCAGUUCACUCACCAUCCAUGGUACUUAACUGUCAUGGCAUAGAAAGACAUUGUCUAUAGUUAUCACGAAUCUCAAACAUUUGCCAAAAUUAUUUUAGUUCAACAUUUAUUUAUAUGAGUUAUAUUAAAAAUAAAAGAAGAAAAUUUCUUUCAAAAAUUUGGGCACUAGGAGUAGAACACAUUGUAAAUUGAAUAUCUUCACACAGUCACCAAUUUAAAGCCACUCAGCUCUCAGAAUAUGUAGAAACUCAAUUUUUAUAAAACAUUCUUUGCAUUCUGCUGCUUAUAUUUUUUCUUUAAAAACCAUGGGAGCCAGGCAGGACAGUAACCUAUUGCCCAAAUACCAUGAUUUCAUCUCAUUCAGUUGCAUUUACUUUUAUUUUCAUAACCAAAACAUUGCAUCUGUGAGCUUUGUUUGCUGCCACUGGAAUACAACAAAAGGGGAAAUGAAAAGUCCCACUAGAAUUUCUAACAAAAUUUAUUUCAAAUUAAAUUAGGUCUGUUUAUAAGUGUGUUACUAAACAUUGUACAGGUAUAGGAAAUAGUGUGUUUAAUAUGUGGGCCCCUGAUUCACCUUUAGUUGAAAUAAACUCUGAAACUAACUAGACUACUGAGUCAGUUUACACACAUUAUUUUAAAUAUUUGGGUUUUAAAAGAAUUACGAGCUGUUUGAUUACGCCAGCAGCUUCAUUCAGCUAAAAUAAUCAACAAAAUUUUACUGCCAAGGAAGCGCAGAUUGAACUGGGGGCAUAACAAUGAGUUGAAUCAAAGAUUAUUCAUUCUAGAUUGACAAAUAUGAUUGUAUUUGCCCACCAAUGAACCUCUUGUAAGCCAAUCUUGGAGAAGUUCCUCUGCUUAUUUGAUGAGCAUUUGUCUUUAAUAUGUUUGUUUUAAAAGUUAAACAUACUUAUUAGGCACAUUUUGUAAGGCUGUGCAGUAGUUUGUGCAGUGGCAGCAAGUGUAACAGAACACUGACUUCACACAUUUGUGUUAUUUUUCUUUGACUUUCAAACAAGUAAGUUAGUAACUAUUUGGAUUUCACUUUACCUCUACUGCUUAUAGAAUGAAAGUUUAUUUCAACUGAAACUUAAGAAAUAUGAUGCAUUUUUCCAUGUAACUAUUAUAUCAUUUGACUCUACAUCCUUCUUAGGGUGACCCUAGUUACUGCUGAUGGGUUUGAAGAAUUGACCAUUUACAUAGAACAUAAUGAGGCACUUUCCUGAUAAGAAAUAGGGAAUUUGUUCUGAAAGAGUGUUGCACAGUCACUUUCUAUUCCUGGUGUUCCAUGGGAGUCUUAGAGAGGGCUAGAAAAUAGGGAUGUGCUCACUAGAAGUGUUAGUUAUGUUGUAUUAUCUCACAGAUUGCAAACUAAAGCUUUUUACAGGCAUUUUCUGUCCACUACAAAAUACGAUAGGAAUGAAAACAGGAAUUUAGGCGAUGGGAGAAAGAGUAUUAAGAUGUAAAUCCUUUGCCAAUAAUAUGAUUAGGCCAGUGUUCAGCAAAAUUUAACUAACACUAUCUUGCUGGUGUGUUGACAUAACUUUCAGGAACUGUCAUAUAUUGCUGCAUGAUUUGUUGACAGAGUUUAAUAAUUUAUGUUGCUAUGCAAUGUUUAAUGGAAUCUUGAAUUUCCAGAUUCAUUACUCUUGUUCUGCUCUGCAAGGAAGUCCCAUUAAAAUGUUAAAGUAAAAAUGGUAGAGCUUAGAUUGUUAGCACUUUAUUCCACGCUCUUCUCUGGUAUGGGCCUUAUAAUCUUUGCUACACUAGACUUGGUCAAUGAAUUGAAAUCAUAGAAAAUUAUUAAGAAGAACCUUGAACACAAUCAAUCCUUGUAGUACCUAUUGCAUUAAACUUGAUAAAGAUCACUGGAUGACACCAGCUAUAUUGAUAUAGAUGUGAAAUGUUUAAUUUUUCAAUUUACCUGCAGAAUAUAAUUUAGCACCAAUUUAAAGCACAAUUAUCAAACAAGGGAAAAUCUCUAUUCAAAUUCCAAAUUUAAGCUUCUGUUUUUUUAAAGAGGUUCACCUACUCUAAGCUAAAAAGUAUUCAGAAUCAGCCAUAUGUGUGAACAAGUUGUAAAACAAGAUGUGCUGGUCCAUCAGGCAUCACUUCCCCCUAUAAUAAUGAAAAAUAUGAACUUCCUAGUGAUCUAGAAAUAUUAUUAAUGGAGAAAUUGCAUUGCAAGAAACUUCUGAGCCUGUUACAUUUUGGACAACCUUGCUUUCAUUUGGAGCAAUAUCUUUGAGGAAGUUUGAAUUCCUUAUCUAAAACAAUGCUCAAUCCAACUGACCACUAAAAAUGUACUGUAAAUAACCAGUUUUAAUCUUAGGGACUCCUCCCUGUUGGUAGGAAAAAACCCGAACUAUUUAUAUUUUAAAGAAAUUUAUCCUUUUCCUUUUCAUUUUCAUUUUUCGGUUUCUGCUCUCUACUGACCCAUGUUGGAAUUUUCUAUGGUGGUGGCGGUGCUGCAAUGUCUCACUCGUGGGCAUUCUCAAUGUCUGAGCUGUUACAGUGGGUGUCAACAGGUUAUUUGACAAUUUGCAGUAUCACAAUUGAACCUGAUUCUGUCUUAACUCAUGUCCAUGCAAAUUUUACAGGAGGAGCCACUGGAUAAUAAGCUUUUUCACUUUGCAAGCCUUUCACAUGGCCUCUUCUAUCAAGGCCUGUAAUAUUGUUAUCCAUUGAUUGUUACCUUGCUUUGAAUUCUUUUAUUUCUUCACUCUUCUUUCCCUUCAUUAAAUAAGCAGUCAUGAUUUGUAUUAAUUUUGUUGCCUUACAGAAAUCUAUCUUUUAAGAGAAGCCAGAGUGUGAUUUCAUGUGAGGAUUUCCUACUUGAGAGCCCAAUGAUGUCAUGCUGCAACAGCAUUGUCUUUUAAGGAUGUAAGAAGAGCUAAAAAGAAUAAUCUGCAGGUCUUUGAAUUACUUUAUAAUUUAUGCAGAAAGAGUACAACAGUUCCCAAUGUGUUAUCCAAGAAUUUAUUUCUUGUAAAUUUAACUUUCAAUCCAAUGCUUUGCCUCACUGAGAUUGGCUUUUCACCUGGUCCAAAAUCUAAUUCUGAAAAUUACUUCUAAAUAAUGACAAAAGCAAUAUUAAAUUGGCUGCAAUUCAGGAAUGAAAGGGGGGAGAAAAAGCAAUAGGUCAAACAGCCUUAUUAGCAGAAAUGUUAAGACUGAGGCCAAUCUGACAUUGGACAAGUUAUCAGCUCAUCAAAAUGCAAAAAAUAUCCAAUCAGUACCAGGUGCAGAUGGUGUGUUGAAAUUUCUGAUGGUUAUGAUUCACUCACUGACUAAAAUGUGCUUUUAAACUGUAAAUUAUAGCCAUAUUGGUCAUGCUUCAACCAAUAGAAAAGAUUAGUAGAAAAUAGGAAACUGUUGACAUGUGCCUUGUUCAGCUGUGAUCAAGAAAUUUGUUACAAUUCCAACUAUUUCUUACUUUUCAAAUAUACACACAAUGAUGGAGGAUAUUUAAAUAUUUAAUGAAUUUAAAAAAUUCAUUAAACAACUGCUGAGCAGUUGAUCCAGCAAAUUAACUUGUUUUGGAGGUAAGGUAUAAUAUUGGACUUUAAUUAUAGUUUCUGCAACAUGACUGACUCCAGAAGGAACACAUUUGUUUAAUAGCAGACAUUGAUCCUUUUCUUCUUCGUAAUCCGCUGCCAGUUAAAUGCUCGUUCACCUGCCAACAUACAUAGUCUCCCUCCCUGCAGUACUGUCUAGUGACGUCAGCAGAAAUGAUCUGCCGAUGUACCCGUGCAUGACUCCAUUAAAAAUAACAAAGGCAGUAUUUCAGUGCAGUAUGAGCUACAGCUUUGGCUGGGCUAGUGUUGGGUGGACCUUCCCAUGUUGUAUCUAAUGCAAUCAUUAUUGGAUGAUUGAAGUAAUCUUCUAACGUGGAGAUGGAAUUUCCUCAUAAGGGAGUAAAAGCAAUUUUUUUUUUAAUGAGGCAUUGGUCAUUUUCUUCUGUUUUAACCUUAACAAUUAAACAGGAGUAGGAACCAUGACUUUUCAAUCUGUGAACCAUACCAUGAGUGUCACAAGGCCUGCUUCUGUGGCCGUGCUUUUUUGCCACAACUGAUUCAUGUGACCGUCAUAUUGACAGGUUACUGUAUCUGGGUGUUCUGAUGUUCUGUUCCUACUCCUAUGUAAUGGUCUAAUUUCAGUAUUCAAAUUUAAUAACUUAUGUUGCAGUGGAGUCGUUCUAUAUGGUAAAACUGUCUUGAACAAUAGUGGAUUUAUAUUAUCAUAGUUUGCAAUAAAUGGAAUGCGGCAACAACAGUUUAAUUUAGCAUUAUAACCAUAUGCCUCUGACUUAACUGGAAGUGGAGGAGCUAACUUUAACUAUUGUUUGUGAUGUAACAUGGGCAUUCCUGCAUGGCUACCCAUAUACACCCCACCUGAUAUUCCCUUCAUUGACUUUAAUGACCAUUGUACCCUCCACCAAUCUGAUAGCGCCAAAAGUUAGAAUCCACCCCCCAUCCCACCUGGUCUCUUUUCAAGUUGAGUCUUAUUGAUCUUGGUAAUUUAUGACGUAUAGUAUUGUUUCCAGUCCAUAUUAUCAUAGAAAAAGGCAUUGCAGAUUUUCAGAUAAAUCUAAAAUAUUUACAGCUGUAAUAAAGGAAGCCCUUGCAAUGAAAUGAUUGCCGGUUAUUCAAGUCUGUUAGUAAACUGAACCAAAGAUUUGUGUGAAAUGACUCUCGAUACAGUGCUAAACACGCUUGCCUGCUUAGUGUCAGAACUUUGACAAGGAUCUUUUGGUCCACCUGUUGAUUCUGAAGCCAUUCACAUUUAGUUAUUUUGGCUUCUAGAUUGUAUGGUGCUUCAGUUGUCAACUUGGUCAAUUAAGACUUGAAUGUAAAAUUCUAAAGCUGUAAAUACAAGACAUGAUAAUUCACUGCUGAAGAAUUUCCUCUCUUAAAGUAGAUCCAGUAAAAUGAAGGUACCUCGUAUAACAUGCAUUUUACACAAUUACAGGAUCCUACAGGAAAACAACCCAAAAAAGGUAAUUAUUCAAACUGCUCUUUAUCUAUUAAUAAAUAUAAAGUUUCCACAAGCAGUUGCUUUACUUUGUGUUAGUGAAGGAAGAAAUAGCUGUUAAUUUCACUUGUGUUGAUGUCAUUAAACUAUAUUAAAACCACACAACAGCAGGUGACCUCAUUCUCUACAAUAUGAUAUUUAAUUUGUUCCAGGAAAUUGAUAUAAAGAUAUUAAAUUCUGUUAGACAUGCUCUUUCUAUUUUUAAUCAAACGAUGAUUCUUGGCAAGGCUGAGGUAUAAAGUAACAGAUCAAAUUUCAUAUUUUAUUCUGGGAUUCUAUUAAAAACAUGAAGUAAAGGUUGGUGAGGGAAAAAGUGUUGUAAAAAGACUGGAUUUCCCUUUAACCUAAUGAAAAAGAAGUGCAAUAAGGUUUAAGUGGCAGGGAGCUUUCUGAUAUAAUCAGAUGUUUUUGGUAGUAUAAAAAAGUGACCAAUAUAUAUUUUUUAAAAUCUUCUUUAAAUUUUAUCUUUGGUAGAGUUUAAUUUCAAAAAAGUGAGUUUUAUUAUAGAUCACAAUAUUUUCAGAAAGUAGUUAAGCCCAAUUAAUUUUGGUUCUAAUUCAUUUGUGUGAAGAUCUGAAAAACUAUUCAGUAUAUUAAUUUACUUUUCCAGUCUAGAUUAGUGUUCUUUCCAAAGUUUAGAUUGAAUCUAGUUGGUUUGUUUCAAUAUGAUGAUGUAAAUCAUCUGGAAAACUCCCUAGUAAGCACAAGGUUAUUUGACUAGAAUUUUCUAUAAUCUUGUCAUAUCUGAAGAAGCCAAUGUGAAUCCAAAGCCAGACUCUCAAACAAAAGCUGAGGAGUUAAGUGGAUCAACAAUUGGCCAUUCAGGUUUCUGUCAAUGAAUUCAAAAUAGAGUUUCCUUAAACCUCUUGUGACUGAUAGUUUUAUUUUGUACGUUUGUUUUGUUCUUUUCCAAGUGCGAUUAAACAGGUUUAUUCUCUGUUUCAAUAAUAUCCAUUUAGCACUGACUAAUUCAUUAAUAAUUACUAACAGUUAGACUUUCAGGUGUACAUGUACAAGAUCUGAGAACUUGGCCUGCCUCAACAAGAGGGGGGUGAAAAAGGAUCAGAAACUUUCUAUUAAACUUUGUUAUAAAACCACAUGGUAGCUAUUAGGGAGCUUUUGUUCAUAAGUGUACAAAUUGAAUGAUAAUUGACCAUUGUGGGCCAGAUGACAACAUUCAAAUAGGCCUGCUGAGAUCUUUGAAGCCUCCAGUUUUUGAUUGACAAGAGCAGGAGCUUUGAAGCCCACUUAUCAAAUUGUACAUGCCAUAACUAACAUUGGCCUGAUGUGUCUCUGUUUACACCUAUAUCUCUGUCUGUUGACAUAAUUAUUUUUCCAAUUUCAAAAACAAUGUUGCCCCCUCUCAUUUGCCAUUUUCCUCUUUUUCUUUCAUAGGCAACCUAUUUUUGUCUUAAAUAUAUGUGGGGUCUGGGAGAGCAAAUGUUUGUAUUCAGAUUAUCAGGCUUGGAGAACAUGUUCAUUUGAGAUCACUUAUAAGACCAAGCACAUGUUAUGCUGGAUUGAAAGGAUGAAAGAGGAAUCUGACUAAGAAAUUAGGACCCGUAUUUAUUAUCCUCUGCACACAGUCAGUUUCAUUUAGUAAUCACAGAGGAAGUAAAGUCAAAGAGCAGGUGCCGUGAAGUUUUCUGUGAAUAAAAGAAGGUCAUGCUUGUCCAGUAUCCUGCUUGAAGUUUAAAUUCCUGUAAAGAAGCAUUUGGAGACCAAGAAAAGACCCUUCCUCUUACAAGUUACAUGUACAAACUAAAAAGGCUGCCACCCACCUGAACACUCCUGCAUUAAACCUUUUCAGUCUUAAGCCAUGGUAGUGAUGUGAUCAUCCACAACUCCUCCUGCAUAUAACAUAUUAUACUACAGUUCAUUUUCAACACUUGGGUAAAGGCUGUUCAUUUCACUAUUAAGUUGGGUAUUUUGCAAUAGUUAAUCAUCAAUUAGUCACUCAAUCCUGCAGUUUUUUAAAACACUUUCUCUGAGUCUUGUGGUUGUUUCUGUUUUGAAGUCCUGCUGUUAGGACAGUGAUUUUGGUCAGGUUAUUUUCUUGGACAAGAUGCAAACCCUUAUUUUGUUGUUGUUGCUGAAUUUGAAUUUACUUUGUCUUCAAUCGUUGUUUAUAGCUGUCUCUUAAUAUCCAUACAUUUUUGCAACUAGCUUUGCUAGUAGUCUGUAUUAAUACUGUUUCCUCAUAAUGAAUUGACUUAUUUCAAUAAUGAAUUAUCUGAAGAAUUUUUAAAAAUUGAAAACAGAUAGAGAAAGAAAUGCUGCUUUCACUUUGCCCACUGCACAAAAAUACCAUACACGGAAACAGUUUGAACUCAAAAGCCAAGAACGUAAGCACUCGGGGUCAGAUAAGGACAUAAGUAAGGCACAAUAGCCACUCCUAGCCUCAAGCGCAAACCACAAUGCAUUCUGUGUGGACAUAGGGUUAAAAACAUGGUGUUAGAUCUUCUACAGUUCACAUUAAUUUCCCAAGUCUACGUCGUUAAUCCUCAGUUCCCAUCGGCCUUGGAAAUUAGUCAGAGAAAACUGCCCCUCUUUUGUAAUCAGAUAUUUUCCUACUACAAACACUUUAGGUAUCUCGGUGUGUAUGAAGUAUAACUAGUUGCAAAGUACUGAGGCAAACUCAGUAAUGCAGCUCCUGUUCGAGCAGUGAUUUCAUUUUCUCCACUAAUUGAUGUCAGUGCUAAUCACCACUAAACCAAGACCAGGUCCUUUUUUUUUCUGUGAAGCUAAUUAAUGAAUGACCAUCUCCUUUGAAAAUGGAAUUGUAGUAUCACAUUACAAUCUUUUUCUUUCUGUAAGCCCCCACCCUAGACCAGUCGAUCGUUAUUUUGAUUGAUACAGCUACUGGAGAGGAAUUAAACAUCUUGUAUCUGUCUGUUUUGGUGGUAAUAAAAUUCACUCAGAUUAAUAUGAUUUCAAUGUGGAAAUUUUAGUGUCAAGAUGCUUCACCAUCUCAGAUGAGAUGCUGUCCUGAGCCUGUUAUGUCAUAUCCAAAAUUAAAUGGAAAAAUAAUCAGUUUUCCUAAGUAGAUCAAAGAUUUUGUCUAUAUACCUGAGUAACUGUUUUCACUUCCAUCAUAAUUAUCUAAAUGCCACCCAAGUACAGUGAUUUAUGUAGUUUUUGUAAAGUAUGAUUGAUAAUUGCUGCUGUUCAUAUUCUAAUUAAAUAUGUAACUUAAACUAAACUGAAGAGAACCACAUAAGUGUAAGAUAUCUGAAAGUAAGCUGCUAAAACUCUUCCACAACCACCACUGCCCACAGCAUUUAAUUUGUUUCUCACCAGUUUCUUCGCCUUUUCCUGGAUGUGUGGACUUGAGGAUGGUGCUGAGUCUUGUGCAUAUUUAUCAUGAACGGGUUGUCACAGUACUAGUUUGUUCCAAGAUACUAUUGGUGUGGUCAUUAUUCAUGUGCACAUCUUGAUCGCAGGAGGGAAUUAAACAAAGCCCAAGCCACCUCUCAUGUGAUAUUGAAAUGUGGGCCCUGGUCUGUCUCAACAAAUCCAAGACCAUUUAAAGCUAAAGUAGUUUGAAGUCUCUAAUAAUUCAUUGAUCUUUAAUGGGUGACAAAAUUCAAAUAAAAAAUAUAUUGAGUAUGGCAGUUUGUUCCUCGUAAAUAACCACAACUUAUAACUUUAGUUGCAUUGAUGGUUGAGGUUUAAAAUGAUUUCUGAACACCAGAUAUGCAGCAAACAGACCAGUAAUGUCUCCCAAUUAAAAAUCUUGUUUCUCCUGAAAUAUCUUAUGAUUCAAAAUCAUUUCUAAUAUAGUUUACAUAUUCACAAGGAGAUUAUAUUUGGAUGUUAUUGUCUCUGUUUUCUUAGUGUGUUCACUGGACACUCAGUUCCUGAUGCCAAUCAUUAGUUUCCAAAUAACUAACUAAUUUUUCCUCCUACAGUCUCUUGGAAGGAAUCAAAAGAACUUUAAUAGGAGACUAGACAUGCUCAAUAUCUGUAGCGUGUACAAAAAAGUUGAAUUAUAUGGUCAUAUAAAUAGCAGGGCGAGAAAGCUCAGAAAUGACUUGUCAAUAAAGCUAUCUUCUUUUUGUCCAAUUCUUUGGGAGUAUUUUUCUUGUACAUUCAGUACAAACUAACCAUGAAUUUUACAGUGUCUGCUCACUCUUAUACUGGCAAUCAAUAUGUGAAUAUGUGAUUCGGGUAUUGAAUAAUUUAACAUCUCGGUGACCACCCAGAAUUGAAAUGUAAGUUGUUUGAACAUAAAAAGAAAACUGUUAACUUCCCAGGCAGAAUGAGUUUCUCAUUUGUGAUGGUGUAAGAGGUGCUUAAUUUAUAAGGGUGGCAAAUAUGUAGCUUUUCAAUGUGAGAAAGACUACCUGGAGAUCUUGCUUGCUCUGUGGGAAAGAGAAUGUGCUGAGUGUGCCUUUAAAUUAUGUGCAUUGCAGAAUACUUGCCAUAUAGUUACCAUAGGUGAUGCAAAUCGCAAGAUUAUCACAUUUAUCAUUCAAUCCAGUAACAACUGCCACCUAGCAAAAGCAAGUUCAACACCUUGAAUUCAUAUUUUAUUGCUCCCUGAUGUACACACUCCUCCAAUUUGGGCUGGCUAUCCCAAAGGGAAGGGAGUGGGAAUAAAAGCCGGUUCCUGUGGACAACCGUGAAUGAACAUUGAUGGUACAGGAAGAUCGGGUGAAUAGAAAAUAACUUUCACUGUGAUAAAAAAACACGUUAUUCUUUGAUUUUUUUUCUUCUAAAUUUUAAUUCAGUAACCCUUUAUGAAUGACGUAUUUGGUCAAUCUUGGCUGUAGUUAGCUCACAUAUUUGUGACAACAUUCUGAGUAUCAGCAUAUUGAUGAUGAGUGUCACAGCUGAUCAAGACACCUUGUGUUCAGGGUUCAGGUAAAGUUUGAGAGCAGAAAUCCUAACGGAAGGAAUAUUUUGGAUGUUAAUGUGUUAAAGCCACAGAAAGAAAUAGUUAUUUUUACUAAGUUAUUUCUAACUUGAACAAAACUGAAUGAAUGUGGCAUUUCUGAAAAAAUUGCUAAUGAACUUCUUUUAAGUUGUCAGUUUUGGUCCUGAGAUCCAAGUGCAAUAGUACACAUACCAACUGCCUAUUCUGCAUGUUACACAAGGAAACUGUCUUGCAGCUCACUUAGUUUAUUCUUGAGGUAACAAGGUGUAGAGCUGGAUGAACACAGCAGGCCAAGCAGCAUCAGAGAAGCAGGAGGGCUGACGUUUCGGGCCUAACUUAUAAUUGGUUCAGUUGUAAAAAGUAAAGUCCAUUUGUGACUGUUACGGUCAAUCGUGGGUGUGAACCAUCUUAGGCAAUAAAUGGAACUCUCCCUCCCACAGCACCCUUAAACAGUACCGUACUGAACAAAAAAAACCGAGUGGAUCCUGAAAAUAUGAAAAUGUGGCAGAAAUUGCUAGAAAUGUUCACCAGAUCAAUGUUUAUUAACCUGAAACAUUGGUGGGCCUGAUUUUUAACUAUGUUUUGAGUGAGUUAAAAUCAUUUUUUCCCCUCUGUCUAUAGAUGCUGUCUGACCUAUUGAGUAUUUCUAGCAAUUUCUGUAUUAAAAUUGUGUUCGCAUUUUGUUUUCUGAUUUCCCAGUCAACCUUUUAGAUUAUACCAAGAGUUGCAUUUCAGUAAUCUAAGAGAUGUAAACACUGUGGUACAUGCACAAAGGAUACAAUGUUGAAGUAACGUCCUGCCUUUAUCAAAGGACGACACUCUAAGUCAAUGCAAUGCUGUAGAUAACAUAGUCUAUUCCAAUUACUGCAUGAAUAAAUUUUUAUUUAGGCUAAAAAUCAAUUUUGGAAAUUACUGUAUAAGAAAAGACUUUAGCUAGAAACUUCUGUUUUUGUAGACAAUUAUUAAUCAUCCUUUUUUUCACAUCUAUUACCAUAUUACGUUGAUAUCCCCAAGUGCUUAAUACAAUUGCAUUAACACCUUUCCACAUCUUUUUUCAGUUGAGAAGACAGGAUAUGAGUCAAUCUCUUGAGUUUCACUGUGAGAACAACUAAUAUGCUAUUUGGCGACAGCCCAUCUCGUAUAAGCUUGAUUCAUCUUAUGUUCUCUCCACCAUAUGAGAUCAGAAGAUAUAGAUGCUUUUAGGAUGUACGUCAGUGACCAUGAGAUCAGAAUGAGGUGGUGUUCCUGGUCUGGAAGUACAAACAGAAUUUCCAGUGCAUUACCAGCAAAGUCAUACUAGUUCAAUGGAACCAAAUCCCAAAGAUUCCUAGCUCGGGUAUUCAUUUUUUUAAAAAAAUGUCAUAUCCCAGAUAUCUAACUCCAAUAGAAAACCACUUACAUGCAAACAAGCUCUACAUUGGGCUAAAUUUGAUUGUCUUGUAGCAACCCACUCAUAACUAGGGAAAUAUUCCACAUUGUCUGAAAAAGCUUAGGAGUAAGUAUUUUAAAAAUGGACAUCACUGCAUUUGUCUUUCUUUUUCACCAGAAAUAGCUGAUUUUAGGAAGCUCUGUUAUGAUUGAGAGGGAUCUUACCUGUGUUGUAGUCUCUCAACUUCUUUCUUCACUGCAGAACUUAACAGAUGCCUCGUAGUUCUAGUCUGUUAGAGAAUAUCUAAAAGAUAUAGCCUCAAACUAAGAUAAGUGCCUCUGUUAAACCAUCUGAAGAUAUGUUCAUGGAAAGGUGAUGAGCAGGGACAGUGUAAACAGGACCCACAUCCUUUCACAAUUUUUAAGAUGCCAAUGUAGUGAAUUGAGUUUCCUCUGCAGAUUUCUGGCUAACAUAAUCAGCCAAAUGGAAGAGCAGUUUGUUGCCUUUUGUUAAUCCUUGACAUUAAAAUCAUUUGUAGGAUUUUUCUUUCUCCUUUUCCAGAUAGAGUGUGUGAUGUGUUCAACGUAUUUUGCAGUUAAUUGAGGCACUUGUAAUAUAUUAGUUGUACCAGUUUGUAACUCAAAAUUACCUAUAGUUUUGAAAAACAAAACAAAAAUCUGUGCUUUUGUAUGUAAUUAUAAUCUUUAUUAAACGUUGUAUUAAUAUUGGGUGAGUUGUGAAAAGAAAUUGAUUAUUUGAUAUAUUUGUUUCUGAACCAUUAUGGCCUUAUUUGUUGGAACUUUUGUCUUGAGAAACAUCUGUGAUAUAUAGUUGUAUGCUGUUCUGUAUCGGAAAAGUAAAUAUUGUAUUUUGUAUAAACAAAAAAAAUGCUUAGUUUUGUUGUAAACUGGGUGCUUUGAUCAGUUUUUGCUGAGCUAUGGACCUAAAGAGAAGGAAGCAGGAUUUGGGACUGCACUGUUUAAUGUUGUAACUCAGCUUGGGGUGAUAUGUAAGCAUUUGUAAGAGUGUUGCGUCCUGGUGCAAAAGCUGUUUUCUACUUUUUGUAGUGUUUCUUUUAAAUAA